AUGCUUUGCGAGUUUGUCCGCUACACAGUUGAUCUCACCAAGAAGACUAAGAAGACCGCCUUUAAAGGGGAGUGGCUGAAGGGUUUCGUGUUGAUUCCUUAUUUUAUUUGGUUGGAGCGGAAUGGAAGAAAAUUUGAAGGAGUUUAUAAAUCGGUUGAGCAUUGUUUUGCCCAAGUGAAAAGCGAAAUAAGUUGCCAAGCGCUGGUUCACUCUGGGGUGGCCAUUUCUAUUCUGGACCUUGUUACUGCAAGAAGCUUGGGUUUUUCAGGGGUGCAGAGAAGGCCUCAGAAAAUCUUCGAAGUUUUCUGGUGCCCUCCUCAGGCAAGAUGGAUGAAACUCAAUUUGGAUGGUUGCUCUAUUGGUAAUCCAGGGAAAUCUAGAGCAGGGAGUAUUCUUUGUAAUGAGAAGGCAGAGGUUGUGGAAAAUUUCAGAAAAUUUCUAGGUACUCGCACCAAUUUUGAGGCCAAAUUUCUGGCGCUUAUGAUAGGGAUUGAAUUAGCUAAGCACCAUAAUGUGCAACGGCUAUGGAUAGAAUGUGACUCGGUUGAAGUUGUAACUCUUUUUCAGAAGAUGCGAAGUCCGUGGAUAGCUCGGCAAAGAUGGAUGAAUUGUGUUUCUUAUUUGGAGGAUGUGGAAUGA